AACCCUCUCGUGUUUUUAUAGUAUAGUGACGAGUUGCCCUUUCACCUUGUGAUAAGCUUCGCUCAGUCCUGAAAUGGCUGCUGCACGGACAGUUGCGUUACUUUUGUCCCUCUUCCAUCUAGGCACGUGUUUAUCCUUCAACGUAACAACCUGCGAUUCAGGAUGUGUGAGAGCGCGCAGGGAGGCUGAGGCUGCUGGCGAAAAAGACAUAGCGUCGCAACUGCGCUCAAUAGUGGAGCACUACAAAAAUGAGGACCCAGUCGGCCUCCCUGGUGCCCCGAUCCCUGACCCAGUCGACGUGCCUGAGUUCAAGUUCAAGGUUCUUACCAUCACCCUGGAAUGCAAAAAGGUCAAAUGUUAUGGAUUAUCUAAGUUCCGUUUUCAACGCAUCAAACUUGACUUGACUGCCCUGCAAGCAGAAGUUGGCGUGAAAAUUGCCGCGCUGGUGAUGAACGGCGAUUACACCACCAAAGGGUUCUUGGCCAACAACCAAGGCCCCUUUACAGUCACGGUGAAAGGGGCGCAAGUCGAGGGCAUUGCGUCCCUUGAGGUCGACCGCCAGGGCCACCUUGAAGCGCAAAAUAUUGAUUUGAACAUGAAAUUUGACUCCAUCAACAUGAAUUUCGAAAAUCUCCGAGGGCCAGUCUUUUACGCUCAGGGAAUUCUCAACAUGAUCAGUAACAUGGUUUUUGAAUCCGUGAAACCUUACAUCUUUUCUGCAAUGAAGGAGAAAAUCCUAGCUGCGAUCAAUCAAAAUAUCGGAAAGCUCCCGCAGACAUUCCCCAAUUCGGUGCCUCCCUUGGACAUUGCCAUCGCGGAAGUGCGUCGGGAAAUCCGGCUUCGCGGCCUUGACCCCUACAUCGUGCAAAACCAAAGCUUGGAUUAUGGUGGAGCCGCUCUCGCCGUCACCCACUUGCAGCUCACAGGUCUUGCGUCCUUCUACAGGGUUGGCGAUGUGUCCAUUGAAGUUGUGAACCACACUGCCAACGCCACCCUCCAGGUUGCAACUCAGCGCCUAAAGGGUGAAUGCAACUGGCAGGCGAGUCUGGGGUGGCUUUCUCGCACUGGUCGAGCCGAGUUCUGGAUCGACUAUCUUCAAGUCAGGGCGAGACUGCUGCAGCCGCUAAACGUGCAGCGCCGCCCGCGGAUAGAGCGCCUGCAAAUGACGGUAGGCAACCUGCAGACCAGGGUCCAAGGCUCCGGCACGCUCGACUACUUGGCUGAAUUCGUGCUGAACGUGUUGCCCAACGUAAUCAGGUACCAGUUGGUGAGUCUGGCCGAAGAGCCCCUGCGGCAGAAGAUCCAGGAUUAUCUAGACAAAGUGGACGUCGAGGAUCUCAUCUUGCAGCAAAUCGCGGAGAUGGAGAAGGAGCAGUUGGAUCAAAACCAGACGGAGAGCGUGCCUCCGGAAAAAAGCGAAACCAUUGACAAGAUUGAGUAUGACGACUAGCCAUGAGAGCGUGUGUUUCGCGACAGACAGACACGAUGCACUCGACGAGAUCGACCGUCUUCACAGCUCAUACACAUAAUAAUUAAUCCUGUCACACUUUUGUCUCUAUUUAUACAAGCGUUAAUAAUUACACAACUGCAGUAAUCGGUCAUGCGGAUCAAACGCGGCACCAUGUUCAGCGUGCGCAAGAGAGAUUGCGGGCAUAUUAUUAAUUGCAUUAAUUGUUAAAGUCACAAUUCAAAAUUAAACUAUUUAAAAUAAAACGAUUGAUCUAAUUAUAA